AUGACUGCAUAUCAGCUGAAACUAUGUGUUAAAGAUUUUCUUCAACAACCUGUAAGGUAUGCAAUUGUGUUUGAUGAUGUAUGGGAUGUAGAAUUCUGGAAUGAGAUUAGAUUUGCACUGCCCGAAAAUGGCUAUGGCAAUCGCGUCAUGCUAACAACACGAAAAACCGAUGUAGCCUCUGCAUCUUGCAACAAAUCUCAAGAUUAUGUCUUCAAAAUGGCGCCCCUGUCUUUCGAGGAUUCAUGGACCCUAUUUUGCAGCAAGAUCUUCAAGGAAAAUGGUUGUCCUGCCCAUCUAAUAGAUGUUGCAAAAGGUAUACUGGGGAAAUGUGAGGGAUUGCCCCUUGCGGUUCUUGCAAUCAGUGGGCUUUUGGCUUUGAAAGACUUGAAUAUUGCAGAGGAAUGGGAGAUGGUUCGACGCAGCCUUGGGGGUGAAUUAGAAGGCUGUGGUAUGCUGGACAGGGUAAAAAAGAUACUUUCUCUCAGUUACAAUGAUCUACCCUGCCAUCUUAAGACCUGUUUGUUGUAUUUAAGCAUUUACCCAGAGGAUUUUGAAAUACGUUGUGGUAGACUUGUUCAAUUAUGGUCAGCUGAAAGAUUUGUAGGUAAGAAAGAAGGAAUGACUGUGGAAGAUGUAGGCUACAAUUACCUCAGAGAACUGGUCAAUAGGAGCCUAAUUCAAGUGACCCAAAUUUUUUAUGAAGGAAUCCCCUACGCUUGUCGAAUCCAUGAUCUAGUGCGAGAAAUUGUUCUUUCCAAGGCAAGGGAACAAAAUAUGAUCGCAAUUACUACUGGACAAUACACAAAGUGGUUGUAUGAGAAGGUACGCCGUUUGGUAGUCCAUAGUAGCAGCAACAACACCGAGCAGCACCAAGAAAGCCAAUGUUAUAGCUUUAACCACCUUCGAUCCUUCAUUACGAUUGAAUCCAUGAAUCCACUGGUAUCCAGAACCUUGUUAUCAGAAGUUUUAAAGAGUGGCAGAUUGUUAAAGGUUUUGGAUUUGUGUGAUGAAAAGACAUUGGAGGAACUCCCAAAUGAGAUUUUCAACUUGUUUCGUCUCAGGCAUCUGAACCUAUGUAGGACAGGGGUUAAAGCAGUCCCGAAAUUCAUAGGAAAGCUGCGAAAGUUGGAGUAUUUGAAUUUGGGUGAAACUCAAGUCAAGGAAUUACCCGUGGAAAUCCUGAAGCUACAAAAGCUUGAGCAUCUUAUAGCAUACAAAAAAGUUGAUUCUUCUGAUUACAGUCAAGGAUAUCAUGGGUUUAAAGCUCCAUCAAAAUUGGGAGGGCUUCUUGCCUUACAAACAUUAGAUACCAUAGAUGCCAGUAGCGGAUCCGUAGUAGUUAAAGGGAUAGGGAAAUUGACUCAAUUAAGACGAUUACAGAUUUCAAAUCUGAGAAGAGAAGAUGGAAAGGAGCUCUGCUCCUCCCUCGCCACCCUCACUAGACUUUGGGAAUUAAACAUUGCUUCAAUUAGAAAUGAUGAUGCUGAUUAUGAGGUAAUGGAUCUGAAUUAUCAUGAUCAACAACAACAUUCUCAUUCAUCUUCAAUGCCUUCAACAACAUUUCUCCAAUCUCUUCGUAUGCUAAUAUUGUAUGGCCGCUUAGAAAAGAUGCCGCAAUGGAUAGCUCAUCUUGAAAGCUUGGUAAGAAUAGCUUUGUGCUGGAGCCGUUUAAGGGUUGAAGAGGAUCCGCUUGCACCCCUCCACCAUUUGCCAAAUUUGGUAACUAUUCAAUUUAUUGGAUCUUACCAAGGAGAGGGGUUGUGUUUCAAGGCUGGAGGAUUCCCGAAGUUAAAGGAUUUGUGCCUAGAGAAAUUAGAGAAGUUAAAAUGGCUGAAAGUGGAGGACGGUGCAUUACCCAAUCUCCAAGAACUGUAUCUGGAUACACUUCCAUUGCUAGAGGAGUUGCCUUUGGGAAUUCAGCACUCAAGGAAUCUUCGAAAGCUGUAUUUGUCUGAGUUGAGUUCUCAACUGAUGGAGAAGCUAGAGAAUCUAAAUGAAGAGACUGAAGAUUAUAGAAAAAUUGCACACAUUUCUGAAGUUGUCACUGUAUUGUGGACAGAUGAGGAGGGAUGGAGACUGCACCGGCUGUGGGGGAAGAAGAUGUAA